AUGAACUACCAAGAAGGGCCAUAUUUUCUUGAUCACGGACAGAUGUAUGCACCAUAUCGUCUGUACCCCGAUACGUCCGGGUCUUUUAUAGUAUCUACAGUCCAGAGCUAAUCAAGUGAACCCUUUUAGUUAGUAGUCUCUCCACGGGAUUGGAAGUAACUAAAAGGCCCUAGGUACAAAUCACUUGAUGCUGCUGCAUACGGUGAGACCUACCCUUCUACAUUGACAGUAGCCGUAGCCUCACGUCUCCACUUUUCCAAAACGACGGAAAAACCGAAUACUGGUUUACGACUUGGUGUCAAAGAUAUUAUCGAUCUGAAAGGACUUCGCACGGGUGCGUCUUCGCGCGCUUAUACAUAG